CUUGUGGGAAGCGCGCGCUUUCGCAGCUUCCGCGAACAUGGCGGCGCGGUAGCCCAGGCGCGGGAGCAGUGGGCGAGGGCGGGAGGCUGUUCACAGCCGCGGGGCUACGAUGGCAACCCCCGACCAGAAGUCGCCCAACGUUCUGCUGCAGAACCUGUGCUGCCGAAUCCUUGGCAGGAGCGAAGCUGACGUGGCCCAACAGUUCCAAUUUGCAGUGCGAGUUAUUGGCAGCAACUUUGCCCCUACUGUUGAAAGAGAUGAAUUCCUAGUAGCUGAAAAAAUCAAGAAAGAACUUAUCCGGCAGAGGAGAGAGGCAGACGCUGCGCUGUUCUCUGAGCUCCACAGGAAGCUGCAUUCACAGGGAGUUUUGAAAAAUAAGUGGUCCAUACUCUACCUCCUGCUGAACCUCAGUGAGGACCCUCGUAAGCAAGCCAACAAGGUGUCCAGCUAUGCAUCUUUGUUCGCGCAGGCCUUACCUAGAGAUGCCCAUUCUACCCCCUACUACUAUGCCCGGCCACAGACACUCCCACUCAACUACCAGGAUCGGAGCACUCAGGCGGUGCCCAGUGCAGGCAGCCUGGGCAGCAGCGGCAUCAGCAGUAUCAGUGCAGGCACCCUCAGCGGCCCUGGUCCUGGCCCGCAGCCUCUGCUCCCGGGACAGUCCCAUCAAGGUUCGGGUGUUGGGGACUGCCUCCGACAGCAGCUGGGUUCCCGCCUUGCCUGGACUCUGACCGCCAGCCAGCCUUCUUCGCAGACCCCGACCUCCAAGGGCAUCCCAUGCGCUAUGUCCCGAAACAUGACGCGGGCAAGGAGAGACGGGGAUGCGAGUGGUACCAUGGAGAUUACUGAAGCAGCUCUUGUGAGAGACAUCUUAUACGUCUUCCAGGGCAUAGAUGGCAAAAACAUCAAAAUGAGCAGCACUGACAAUUGUUAUAAAGUGGAAGGAAAGGCAAACCUGAACAAGUCUUUGCGGGACACGGCAGUCAGACUUGCUGAGUUGGGAUGGCUGCAUAAUAAGAUCAGGAAGUAUACUGACCAGAGGAGUCUGGACCGUUCCUUUGGUCUAGUAGGUCAGAGCUUUUGUGCCGCCUUGCAUCAGGAACUCAAGGAGUACUACCGGCUGCUCUCCGUCCUGCACUCUCAGCUACAACUAGAGGAUGAUCAAGGGGUCAACUUGGGACUUGAGAGUAGCCUGACCCUGCGGCGCCUCUUGGUUUGGACCUAUGAUCCCAAAAUAAGACUGAAGACCCUGGCGGCCCUUGUGGAUCACUGCCAAGGAAGGAAAGGCGGGGAGCUGGCCUCUGCUGUCCACGCCUACACGAAGACGGGAGACCCAUACAUGCGGUCACUGGUGCAGCACAUCUUGAGCUUGGUUUCUCACCCGGUCCUGAGCUUCCUGUACCGCUGGAUCUACGACGGGGAGCUCGAGGACACAUACCAUGAGUUUUUUGUAGCAUCAGAUCCAACAGUUAAAACUGAUCGACUGUGGCAUGACAAGUAUACUUUGAGGAAAUCCAUGAUUCCUUCUUUUAUGACAAUGGAUCAAUCUAGGAAGGUGCUUUUGAUAGGAAAAUCAAUAAAUUUUUUGCAUCAAGUUUGUCACGAUCAGAUGCCCACUACAAAAAUGAUAGCUGUGACCAAGUCUGCAGAGUCGCCCCAAGAUGCUGCGGAUUUAUUCACAGAUUUAGAAAAUGCAUUUCAAGGGAAAAUUGAUGCUGCUUAUUUUGAGACCAGCAAAUAUCUACUAGAUGUUCUCAAUAAGAAGUACAGCUUGCUGGACCACAUGCAGGCGAUGAGGCGGUACUUGCUUCUUGGUCAAGGAGACUUUAUCAGGCACUUGAUGGAUUUGCUGAAACCAGAACUUGUCCGUCCAGCAACGACUCUGUAUCAGCAUAACCUGACCGGGAUCCUUGAAACUGCCGUCAGAGCCACCAACGCACAGUUCGACAGCCCCGAGAUCCUGAGGAGGCUGGACGUGCGGCUGCUGGAGGUCUCGCCGGGAGAUACGGGGUGGGAUGUCUUCAGCCUGGAUUACCACGUCGAUGGCCCGAUCGCCACGGUGUUCACUCGAGAGUGCAUGAGCCACUACCUGCGGGUGUUUAACUUCCUGUGGCGGGCCAAGCGCAUGGAGUACAUCCUCACCGACAUCCGGAAGGGGCACAUGUGCAACGCCAAGCUGCUGCGGAGCAUGCCAGAGUUCUCGGGGGUGCUGCACCAGUGCCACAUCCUGGCCUCGGAGAUGGUGCACUUCAUCCACCAGAUGCAGUACUACAUCACGUUCGAGGUGCUCGAGUGCUCGUGGGACGAGCUCUGGAACCGAGUGCAGCAGGCCCAGGACCUGGACCACAUCAUCGCAGCGCACGAGGCGUUCCUGGACACCAUCACCUCACGCUGCCUGCUGGACAGCGACUCCAGGGGGUGUUUGCUUGUGACCGGGUCCCCAGCGUCCCUGCAGGAGCCUGCAGAAGUGUCCUCCUUCCCAAGUGAGCCUUGGUUGACUCCAAAGGUACUUUUAAACCAGCUCAGAGCAGUGUUCGAUCAAAUCAUUGAACUUCAGAACACUCAAGACGCAAUAUACCGAGCUGCCCUGGAAGAACUGCAGAGACGAUUGCAGUUUGAAGAGAAGAAGAAGCAGCAUGAGAUGGAGGGCCAGUGGGGAGUGACGGCCGCAGAGGAGGAGGAGGAGAACAGGAGGGUUCAAGAAUUUCAAGAAUCCAUACCCAAAAUGUGUUCCCAGCUGCGGAUCUUGACACACUUCUACCAGGGCAUUGUGCAGCAGUUCCUGGUGUUACUGACGACCAGCUCCGACGAAAGUCUCCGGUUCCUCAGCUUCAGGCUGGACUUCAAUGAACACUACAAGGCCAGGGAGCCCAGGCUCCGUGUGUCUCUGGGCUCUAGGGGGCGGCGCAUAUCCCACACAUGAAGGCCAUGUGACUCAUCACCAGCCACCAGCUCCCAAGGUGCAUAGGGCCAGCUGCCACUGGUGGCCACCUCUGCUCAAGGUCCACGGUGUCCAUCAGUGGCAUGGUGUUCAGUAGGUUAGAGUCAGCCACGUCCACCAGAGCUGAAUUAGGCGAUGUGGCUGAGAUAAGCAGCUGCUCCCGCUGGUCAGGCUUCCCUGCCACAGUCAGUGUGAGAUGCCACAGCGUGGGGCUUUGUUCCCCAGGGUGGCGCAGGGGCCAGGCAGCGUGUUCGUUCAGAACAAAGCCCUCUUUAGAGACAGCUUUUGUUACCAUAAUAAAGCUAAACUGAAGCAAGGUGUCCCUGCUCAGAGAACACAGAGCAUUUUAUUUUGGUUUUUGUGUUGUGAAAUACUCACCUGAGAGCACUUGUAUCUGUAUGCACCACCUUCACGUGCUUGCUCGCUCUUUCUCUUCUUCCGAAGUUUACAUCUUCAUAUGUACUGUUUCAUGUGACUUCCAAAGCAGUACAAAAAAAGCAGGAGCGGUCUCGAACAGACAGGACUAAGUGGCAGCCUGGGCCUCGAAGCCGUUGCCGGAGCGGUGCGUAAGUCCAGCAGACUCGAGAGUGAACGGAGGAUUUUACUCUCAGAUUUGUACAAGCACUGGAAAGAAAUCCACUUGGAUAAUGAAGAUUUCCUUUUUCUUUGCCUAUUUUUUCACUGUAAAUAUUUAUAGACUACUGACCAUAGGGGGGGGGAUUGUUUUUUGUAAGAGGAAAAUGUCAUAUCAGGUCACCUAAAUCUGACUUUUUUUAUGUUACAUAGUGUAAACUUAGAAAAUUAAAACAACUAUCUUUCAGA